AUGGUUGACAAUUUGGACAAGGCUAUUACUAAGGUGGUUGAAGUGGUUUCAGAAGGUCGUAUUUUGAAGCCAGAAGAUGUCUUGGCCAUGAUCGACGACGUUGACUACUAUGCAGAGGCCGAGCUUGUGUCCAAAAUGGUCGAGGAAACCAAGAAGAAGGGUAUGGACUUUGCUGUUCACUGUAUGGCUUCUGGUAUUAAGAUAGAUGCGCCUGGUGAAGGGUCUAACCCUGUUAUUGAAGAGAUAAGGGACUUCGUUUGGAAGGCUAACGUCGACUUUGCCAAACUGACGAAGACGGUUACGUUUAAGGGUCCUAUUGUUCGCUACGAGUACUCCCGUGAAGUUAAGCAGGGUUGUUACAAUGACUCUAAGGUUAAAGGUCCUCGGCUUACUAGUGGCGGUCUGUCUUUCGCCGUUACACCUUUGAUAAGGCGAGGUAUGUUCAACCAGUUCGAGCAAGAGGUUAUGCAUCUGACUCUCGUUAAGGGAAGUACUUUCGUCCCUGAAGUAUGGACGUCUCUCUCCCCAGAGUUAAGGCUUUUUAUAGUUACUGGAGAGACAGUCUUUUUGGAUGCUAAGCCUGGUCAAGAACUAACGGUUGAGGUACUCGAAAAGGCUGGAAUAUGGCAUCCCUGUUCCAUUCUUACCGUGGGUUCUCUGUUACGGUUUAUUUGCGUCAAGAUGAUGUUGGACGUUACGUCUCAGUGGGAGAAUACUGAGAAUUAUCCUAUCCUCCUCCCCCUUAAGAUUCCUGCUGAGGAUUCGGCACUGGCGGAGGAAAGGUGUUAUCGUAUGGUUACCCACUCAUUGUAUUUUACGGCCUUGAGGAUAUUGACUAUGUAUAAGGUUCUCUUUUAUAGGACUUUACACAUAUAUUUCAAGUCGGUUAAGAACUAUUGUAUGGUGAACCGCUUGGAAGGUCAUACUUUUGAUACUAUUGCUCAGCAAGCUUGGAAAAGGUAUGAGUCUGAGAUGUUCUAUAUUGAGACGGAAGGUCCUGAUGAUAAGUGUUUCUAUAGGGCUCUCACAGUUGCUGAGACAAGGUUCUGCCGUGUUCGUGAUGGAGAAGAAGAGGCCUAUCCUAUGGAUGGUUCAGCUAUGGCUAUUCCGUGGGAGACUAAGGGUGACCAUGAUGAGACGCUUCAGCAAAUCGCUAGAGAUCCUAAGAAUGGUUAUGUUGAUUCUGCUACUAAAGAACCUACUAG